GGGUGCAGAGGACUGGGGUCUCUGUGGAAUACUUUUCCAGAGCAAGAGGUGGAAUUUUUUAAGGGUCUCCAGAGCCCCUUUCUGUUUUGCUCUUAAAUGUUGGCACAUUGUUAAUGAUUAUGUUGAAAUUGGGCCUCUCUGAGGUUGGGGAACAGUUUGUCCAGCUUCCAAAUGUAAGAUUGAAAGAGCCAGUCCUGGAAGAGGAAACUGCCUUUUUUGUGUGUGCCGUUGGUCUUACGAACCUAACUCUAGAAGUUGCUUCAGCUAGUAGCCCCCACGGUUUACAGAUGUUUCCCCUAACAACUAAGGGGUGGGAAUCAGGAGUGGCAUGGGAGGGGCUGACUUGCUGGAGUCUCCUAGAUACUAAGGAGCAACAAAAUGGAGUAGAAUAUGGGUGUCCUGAAUUUUCGGCCAGUUCUCUUUCCAGUGCAUUCCAGUACCUUUGUUAAAAAAAUUUUUUUCUAACUAAAAUUGGGGACAGUGGUGUCUUAUUGGCCAGGUAGCUACUUGAGGGGGAUGAAGCUCCAAGAGUGGGAGGCCCUGAAGCCAGACCAGCCAUGUUUCACAGGCUUGUGGGUAAUGGAGAACUCGCCCAGGUAGUGGCCGAUCAGCUCAGAUCAACUCAGGCUUGAUCUCCACUUGGCUGAAGGUCUUGCCAUUGUAGACGCCCACCUUGCUGCCUAUGGGGCAGGAUGAUCGUGUCGGAAGUUGUGUCUUCACUUCUGGCUUCUCCAUGGGCGGCGCCUCCUUGUUGGCCUUGCGCAGGCGCCUCAGCACUUCCGCGCAGGCCGCUGGCGCUGCGCACGGUAGAGCUGCAACAGCUUUCCAUAGGGCUUGUCCAGCGGCUGGUCGAGGUCCACACUGCCAUAGGUGAGCCCCAGGUGUGUCCCAAAGGGAUCCAGGUGACUUCUCUGCAGACUGUUUGCCAUGACGCCCCACCAAGGACGGGGGGAAUAAAGGGGCGCCCUUCUCCAUGCCCCUCCCCUGGUCAGGUCCCCGAUGGCCUGGGUGAGGGUGUGCUGGCUGCUCUGACACCAUGGGGAGCUGCUGUGGCUGCCUGAACAGAGACAGCGUCCCAGACAACCACCCCACCAAGUUCAAGGUGACGAACGUGGAUGACGAGGGGGUGGAGCUGGGCAUGGGGGUGAUGGAGCUGACCCAGAGUGAGCUGGUGCUGCAUCUGCAGCGGCGUGAGGCCGUGCGCUGGCCCUACCUCUGCCUGCGGCGCUAUGGCUACGACUCCAACCUCUUCUCCUUUGAGAGCGGCCGCCGCUGCCAGACUGGCCAGGGGAUCUUUGCAUUCAAGUGCUCCAGGGCCGAGGAAAUCUUCAGCCUCCUUCAGGAUCUGAUGCAGUGCAACAGCAUCAACGUGACGGAAGAGCCAGUCAUCGUCACCCGCAGUAGCCACCCCGCCGAGAUCGACCUCCCAAGGACCCCCCAGCAGCCCAGUGCUCUAGGCUGCGCUGUUUCUGGCUUCUCCAACGGCUGCCCCGGCUGCCCUGGAGAGGCCCCGCAAUUCAGCACUCCCCGGCAGCCGUCCUCCAGCAGCCUUCAACAGCCCUCGCUCGGGGAGGAGUCCACACACGCCCUCAUUGCCCCAGACGAGCAGGUGAGUGAGCAGUCGCACACCUACGUAAACACUCCGGCCGGUGAAGAUGACCACCGCAGGAGCCGGCACUGCCUGCAGCCACUGCCCGAGGGCCGGGUGCCCUUCCCCACACAGGCCCGGGAGGCCGGCACUAGGGACCCACAGAUCUUCCUGCAGCCCGGCCAGGUGAAGUUCGUGCUGGGACCCACACCCACCCGGCGGCACGUGCUCAAGUGCCAGAGCCUCUGUCCCAGCCUGCAGGACGUGCCCCACCACCACAACAACAACGAGGGUCCCUCUGAGUGCCCCUCACAGCCCAAGUGCACCUAUGAGAAUGUGGGUGGGGGUCUGCGGUGCGGCCCUGGCUGGAGACUGAGUCCCGAGGAGCCGGGCUGGGGUGGCCUGGCCCAGCGCCGCGCCGCACUGCUGCACUACGAGAACCUGCCCCCACUGCCCCCAGUGUGGGAGAGCCACGGCCAGCCACAUUCCGGGGAGCCCGGGGAUGAUGGCGACUCUCGGGAUGGCCUCACCCCCUCCUCCAACGGCUUUCCUGAAGGCGACGGCGAGGAGGACGAGACCCCGCUGCAGAAGCCCACCAGCUCCCGGGCCACUGCCCGCAGCCAUGGUGGCUUCCCCGUGCCACUGACCCGCCGCCGUGGCUCCCCGAGGGUCUUCAGCUUUGACUUCCGCCGCCCGGGCCCUGAGCCCCCUCGGCAGCUCAAUUACAUCCAGGUGGAGCUCAAGGGCUGGGGCGGGGAGCGGUCCAAGGACCCCGCUGCGCCCCGGGCCUCGGCGCCUAGCUCAGACUCCUAUGCCGUGAUCGACCUUAAGAAGACUGCGGCCAUGUCCAGUCUGCAGCGGGCCCUGCCCCGAGAUGACGGCACUGCCCGGAAGACCCGGCACAACAGCACCGACCUGCCUCUCUAGGUGCCCCCUCGCCGGCCGUCCUCUGUCCCUCUCUCCCACCGCCAGGGCCGCUCGGGGCUGGAAGCUUCCCUGCACCGCUGGGAUCCCUGCCAGUGUCACCCGAGGCUCCUGGUUCCCAAGCUGGGAAGGGGGAGAGGGUGGCUGGGCAAGGAGGGAGCUGCAGCACCAACUGUGAAGGGUCCUUGUGAUUGCAUUUCCCGCCGUCCCCACGUCCAUUCGUCUUGUCGGCCCAUCUGUCUGUCCAUUUGUGUGUGUUUUUUUUUGGUUGGAAUUUUGAAACAUUUUGUACCUGU